AUGCACCAGAGAAAAAAUCCAGAUUCCUCAGAGAGAAGGGACCUGGAAGAAUGGGCUUUCCUGGAUCCUUCACAAAAGAAGCUCUAUAGAGAUGUGAUGCGGGAAACCUUGAGGAACCUGGUCUCAAUAGGAGAAAAAUGGGAAGAUCAUGACAUUGAAGAUCAGCACAAAAGUCAGGGGAGAAAAUUAAGAAGUCAUGUAGUAGAAAGACUCUGUGAAAGUAAAGAGGGUAGUCAGUGUGGAGAAAACUUCAGCAUUAUUCCAAACCUCAGUCUGAACAAGAAAACUAAUAGAAUGAAACCACGAAUUGUCUGCCACUUCCACUGA